ACAGGGAUGGACUACGAAAUUAGUUCAGCCGCUGUCAUAGUUCCCCGGAUCGGAGAGCGGAUUUCUCACAGCCUGAAUAGCUUGAAAGAUCGAUUCCUUCUUGACGAUACGCCCCCUCAGCAGGCGCCAGUGUCGCCUCUUUUUCAGUCAAUUGAGGAAGCGUGCCCUACUGAUAUUAUCAACUUCCACCAUGAGGAGGAAGUUGUUGAAACCAAGAUUCCCCCUCCCACUGCUCAUCUUCCCAUUUACGAUCUCGAUUCAGUGGAUGCCAACGAUCUUUUUUCCUUCUUUCUGGACAACAGUUCGCCAGUAGGAACGAAUCUUUCUGAUGCUAAACCUGCAGAUAUUCCCACAACACUACCUGGCUCAUCUCCUGUAACUCCAUGUGAUCAAUUACCUGCCGAUCUCGAUAUUCCUCUCGACCUUCUGGAUCUCCUUGACACAGCCAAUUCCUCUAACGAAUUCUCUCCCCAGACAAGAUCAACGAGGCACGAAUCGGAUUCCUCCUCUGAUCCUGCAAUUCCCAUGACUCAAAAUUUAGAUGACAAUUUGUCUUGUUGUUCCGACACAGACUACAUGGAAAGGUUUGAUCUUUAUGGCAGUGGUGACGAAGAGUACAUCGAAAGGGCGGUGUCCUCAAAAAAGCGCGGUCGAGGGAGUAACCACGCUGGUGCAUCGGUCUACUUACACAAUGAAGAUUUGGUCCGCGGGAAACCUGGCCAACGGCUUGUUCUCACUGCGGAGGAGAAGCGUUUGUUGGUGCAAAUGGGUCAGCGUGUGCCCACAACAUUUCCGCUAACGCGGUCCGAGGAGCGAGCUAUUAGGACUAUGCGGAGGAAAAUUCGCAACAAGUUGUCUGCCAAAGCAAGUCGCGCACGUAGACAGGAGUACCUUUCUAACCUUGAAUCCCGUGUAGCCGAUUGCCACAAAGAAAAUCAACGGCUUCGGAAUCGCAUAACAGAGCUGGAAAAGGAUAAACGGUAA